GCAUGUGAUCAGGGCCGUUCGUGGUCACGUGACACCCAACUCGUGGCGCCUGCGCGGUUGAGUGGUGGAAGAUGGCGGCCGACAUGAGGCUGUUAGGGCUGGUGGAGGAGUUUGUGAGUGGGUUGCAGGACGGGGCGGCCAAGGACCUAGCCACAGGUGUCAUUGAUGGGAAGUGCACUGCACUGGAAAUUGUGGAAGCCUUGGGGAAAUGUUUAACAAAUUCUGAGCCAAGAACAAGAAGCCGAGGGAUUCAGCUUCUGUCUCAGGUUUUGUUGCUGUCUUAUUCGUCUCUCAAACAAAAAGAAGUGGAGGCACUGGCUAUCUUCUAUAUAGAUCGACUGAAGGAUCAUUACAUUAUCACACCUUAUGUCUUGCAAGGGUUGAAAGCCUUGAGCAUGAGCUCCGUUCUGCCGGAAGGAUUGGCUGUAAUUAUGCUGAAGGCAUUGUUCCAGGAGGUGCAUGUCCAGUCCCUGAUGCAAUCCGAUCGGCAUUCUGUGUACAGCAUCAUCUCAAAUUUAAUGGACACCAGAGAACAAGAGCUGAAGACUUUGGAAGCGGACUUCACAUUUGGUUUUAUUCAAGCAAUGGAUGGAGAAAAGGACCCAAGGAAUUUAUUAAUGGCUUUUCAGAUCUCCAGGGACAUCGUCGUCAACAAUUAUGAACUUGGGAACUUUGUGGAAGAGCUCUUUGAGAUCACUUCAUGCUAUUUUCCUAUUGAUUUUACACCGCCUCCAAAUGACCCACAUGGGAUAUCUCAGGAGGAGUUAGUGUUGAGUCUGCGAUCUGUACUUACUGCCACACCACGGUUUGCAGAGUUCUUAUUACCGCUCCUGAUUGAGAAGCUGGAUUCGGAUGUUCAGAGUGCCAAAGUGGACUCCCUUCGGACUCUGACAGCAUGCUGCAGAGAUUAUAGGAAGAAGGAGUUGAAAGAAUUCCUACCAGCGCUUUGGCACUCCAUACGCAGAGAGGUCUUUCAGACAGCAAGUGAAAAGAUUGAAACUGAAGGUCUUGCUGCUCUCCAAGCACUAUCAACUAGUCUGUCCAAAUCAGUUAUCGAUGCAGAUGCAGAGGAUAGUCUGGAUACAUUCCUCGACAAUGUUCUGCAAGAUUGUAAGCAUCACCUGUGCGAACCAGACAUGAAACUUGUGUGGCCGAGUGCAAAGCUACUCCAGGCAGCUGCGAGUGCUUCCUACAGAGCAUGUUCCAAGAUCAACAGCUGCAUAUUUCCACUGUUGCUGGAACAAUUCAACAAACAUAAACAGGUAAAGGAAGGGAACAUGGAAACCUACCUUGGAUUAAUAAUGCCAUGUGUUAAGGGCCCAUUUGGGACUGUGAGCAUAGAAUCUAGGCCAGUACUCUAAUGCAGUACUCAAUGUUUCAGGGAAGAUAUUGAACUUCUUUGCUC